CUGCUCUGCACAUGCGUGUGUGUCCGUGCCUGCUCUGCACGUGUGUGUCCGUGCCUGCUCUGCACGCGCGUGUGCCUCUAUGCCUACUCUGCACGUGCGUGUGCCUCUAUGCCUGCUCUGCACAUGCGUGUGUGUCCGUGCCUGCUCUGCACGCGCGUGUGUGUCCGUGCCUGCUCUGCACGUGCGUGUGCCUCUAUGCCUGCUCUGCACGCGCAUGUGUGUCCGUGCCUGCUCUGCACGUGCGUGUGCCUCUAUGCCUGCUCUGCACGCGCGUGUGUGUCCGUGCCUGCUCUGCACGUGCGUGUGCCUCUAUGCCUGCUCUGCACGCGCGUGUGUGUCCGUGCCUGCUCUGCACGUGCGUGUGCCUCUAUGCCUGCUCUGCACGCGCGUGUGUGUCCGUGCCUGCUCUGCACAUGCGUGUGUGUCCGUGCCUGCUCUGCAUGUGCGUGUGUAUCCAUGCCUGCUCUGCACAUGUGUGUGUGUCCGUGCCUUCUCUGCACGUGCGUGUGUAGCCGUGCCUGCUCUGCACGUGCGUGUGUGUCCGUGCCUGCUCUGCACGUGCGUGUGUGUCCGUGCCUGCUCUGCACAUGCGUGUGUCUCUAUGCAUGCUCUGCACGUGCAUGUGUAUCCGUGCAUGCUCUGCACGUGCGUGUGUAGCCAUGCCUGCUCUGCACGUGCGUGUGUAUCCGUGCAUGCUCUGCACGUGCGUGUGUGUCCGUGCCUGCUCUGCACAUACGUGUGUGUCUGUGCCUGCUCUGCACAUGCGUGUGUCUCUAUGCAUGCUCUGCACGUGCAUGUGUAUCCGUGCAUGCUCUGCACGUGCGUGUGUAGCCACGCCUGCUCUGCACAUGCGUGUGUAUCCUUGCCUCUGCACGUGCGUGUGUAUCCGUGCCUGCUCUGCACAUGCGUGUGUAUCCGUGCAUGCUCUGCACACCCGUGUGUGUCCGUGCCUGCUCUGCACAUGCGUGUGUCUCUAUGCAUGCUCUGCACAUGCGUGCGUAUCCGUGCCUGCUCUGCAUGUGUGUGUAUCCAUGCAUGCUCUGCACAUGCGUGUGUAUCCGUGCCUCUGCACGUGUGUGUGUAGCCGUGCCUGCUCUGCACGCCCGUGUGUGUCCGUGCCUGCUCUGCACGUGCCUGUGUCUCUAUGCCUGCUCUGCACAUGCGUGUGCAUCCGUGCUUGCUCUGCACGUGCGUGUGUAGCCAUGCCUGCUCUGCACGUGCGUGUGUAUCCAUGCUUGCUCUACACAUGUGUGUGCCUCUAUGCUUGCUCUGCACGUGUGUAUCCGUGCAUGUUCUGCAUGUGUGUGUGCAUGUGUGCAAAGCAGGUGAUUGCACGAGCAGUUGGCAUGAACCAGAUCUAGUCUGGUAUCAACAACCAGGAAUCCGUUCAUGGUGUAACGUGUUAGUUCACAAGACCCCGGUGACUUACCGAAGUCAUACCUUCCAGAUUAAACCCUCGUAGGAUAAAAGAGGUGACAGGGUCGAGUGUGUGGGGCUGGCAGCCCACGAGGUGUGUGGCCCACCUGCUGAGACCAGGGCUGCGUCUGCCUGCUGCCGGGGCCACCCUCGUCCACUGUCAGGGUCUGCGCGGCCCAAUGGACCCCAAUCCCGUCUGAGAGCAGGAAGGGGCGAUUUGCUGUCUGUUAAAACCUCAAGUCAGCCUACACAUGUGCGGUCAAGGAAGCUAAAAACGGAAAAUUGGAACAGGAUGCACCCCACGGCCUGGGGGCUGCACCAAAGUGUGCAGUCACCCUGGUGGGUUGUCCCUGCAGACGGCAAAGGGCCUGGGCCCAGGGCGUAACUGAGAAAGCAAGCUUUAGAAAAUACUCAGUGAAGACAAGUUUAGUUUUAUCCAUGUUGUACUUUAAAAUGCAUUUGAGAAAAACUGGACUAAAGUAAUGGCAAUUCUUGGCAGCAUGUAAACUCACACUGUUAAUCAGUGGUGCUGGUGUUAAUCAGCAUCGCUUUGUAAAUAAGCAAACAAAAGGACAAAAGAGGGCAGUAGAAGUGCAUUGGGUUUUCCAAAUUGCCACAGACAUCCUGAAGUCUGUUGGGGAUACACUGUCUCAGAUGCUUUUUUGAAGCAAAACGAUCACAAGUGCUGGUUUUUCUUACUGGGUUUUCAU